UGUCGUGGCUGACUAUGAAAAGUGAGCUGUGGUUUCCCACCCAUAGCGGGUGGUUCACACUGUAUAAACCAGACACUGUCGGCAUUGAAGCGAAUACAGGUGUGUCUACGCGAGACAGUUUGGAGCUAUCAAAGCUACACCAUCGUCGAAUAUGGAACAUAACUGAAAUACCUUUUUCCGAAAAUGAGAGUCCUUAUCCUGUUCAUCCUGAGUCGGUUUGGAUUGUGCCAAGACAACAUUGAAGCGUCCGUCGAUAUUUUGAAGCCACAUCCGGGGUUGAGAAGCUGUACUCUCCCCAGGGAAUUCACAGUGACUGUAAGGACGCACAAUGAGUCCGUCACACUCCAGCUGGUGACCAGCACGUCAGUGAAGUCUACAGCCCCAGUAUAUGUGUGUAGACAGGAGAAGGGAAACCCGGUCAUCGUCAGAGAUACAGUGUUGGACCCGGAAAGAACAGCGGAGUACCAGGAUGUGACUCAUCUGUCUAACAUGGAGGUGUCCUGUGGCAUGAAAGAGAACAGCAAACCAUAUUAUAUAUUUGAAGGCUUUCUCUUGUUCUCUGGACAAAGUAUGUUUGAACUAAAGCCGACAAGAUCAGCCUCUGGUGAUGUCCAGUACACACUUACAUCUACAACAGUGCACAACAAACAGAUCGAUAUUCGUGGUCGCCGUAGAGAGAAUGGUCGAUCAGGGAAUGGUCGAUCAGGGAGUGGUCGAUCAGGGAAUGGUCGAUCAGACAGUGCCUUGAUGAGGAUGGCAUCACACUCAUUGAGAAAGAAGCGCCAGAUUCAGUCGCCAGUCUACGUGGACGUCAUAGCAGUUAUAGAGUUCUCAGUGUAUAAAAGAUGGUUUUCCAGAGCAACCCAACCGACCCAAGCCUUAAAGGAUCAGGAAACAAAACAAGGCCUCAGAAGACACUUUGCACAUCUUGUAAACGGGGUAGAUCUCCGUUAUAAGGCGGCGUCCCCGUUAUACAACAUAAACCUGGUGGGGUAUAUCAUUGAGGAUGAGCUGUCACCCAAACCGUUCGAAAACGCCACAGUUAAUGAAACGAAGAUAGAAGGCAACCAACUUCUCAAUGACAUCAUCAACUGGAAGGCUGACACACCAGGGUUCCCUGACAAUGACCACGUUGUUGUGUUCACGGCGCUCGACUUGUUUGACGUAGACGAAGCCGGAGUCGCCACAGACCUGGUGGGAUACGCUGAAAUAGGAGUAGUAUGUCAGUACCCGGAAAACAGCGUGUCGGCUGUGGAGUACACAGACAGCCUGGUGGCCGAUAUGCUCGUCACAACACACGAAAUCGGACAUGCGCUCGACGCCCUUCAUGACGGCGACGGGAAUGCAUGUAACUCUUCACAUAACUACAUCAUGUCCAGUGGCGAGUACCCCGACUCCCAGGAUCUCGACAGCAACAACUACUACAUCUUUUCAACAUGUUCUUUACGCUACAUCCAAAACUUCAUUGAAAACAUCCUAGCAAGCGGUACAGAUACCCAAAAGCAAUGCUUACAGAAACCACUCGAGCCGGCGUCUGUGACAGACAUCACGGGGACGAUGCCGGGACAGCUGUACGACGUCCACACACAAUGUAAAAUGAUGUAUGGGCCGGGCUACUUCAUGAAUUUAGAUGUCGAUAUUGGUGGUUCUGAAAACAUAUGCAAGAGAAUGGCCUGUGGCAAGGAAGAGUUUGAGAUGUUCCACGACGCUGCCGAUGGAACAACGUGUGGCAAUAAAAAGUGGUGUGUUGCUGGGGAGUGUGUGUUUUCAAUAGAUGCACCGGAACAAAACAAUCCCGACUGUCUGUAUGGAGACCAGCCUGUAGUGUACCCGGACAACGAGACCUGUGAGGAGCUGAUCAAUGCGACACCACGCAACUGCUACAGUUAUGAUUACUUGAAUGUCUGCUGUAAGACAUGUCUUGACAACAAGAGGAAUGAUGAAUGUCCCUAUGGCGACAACACCUUAACUGACCCGUGCGAAUAUAGCAGUUGUGCCACUUCCGGUUCCGACUACAGAAUAAGGUGUUGUGACACUUGCAGCAUUUCUACCACGACUACAACGGUAUCAACGACAACCACGACUACCUCAACUACUACCACAACUACAACAACCACGACCACACCAACUACUACCACAACUACAACAACUACACCAACUACUACCAAAACUACAACUACACCAACUACUACCACAGCUACAACUACACCAACGACUACCACAACUACAACGACUAGCACGACAACAUCUACCACGACUACAACAACCACACCAACUACUACCACAACAACAACGACUACACCAACAACUACAACUGGCACAACACCACUUUCGUCAUCCACAACUAGUCCAAGAAGUGUGACAAGUGCAGCUACAACCACGUCAGCAGCAACAACGCCAGACACUUCAACUUCACCUUCUGCAGACACAACGGCCUCUCCUCCCAGUGAUUUCUUGACCGAAACACAAAAAAUAAUCAUUGGUGCGAGCGUCGCGAUAGGUCUGGUGAUUCUCAUCAUCAUUGCUGUCGUCGUCUGUGUCAAAAGAGGCGUUUGUAAAACACGGACAAAAGGAAAGGAACCGAAGAUGCGAACUGAAGAUUUUGAUAACAGGGCUCCCCCUCUAGGCGUGUCUUCAGGGGUGACUCCUCAUACCAGCCACGUUGUUAAUGUUGGCUGAUUGGGCUGAGCGAUAUUACCCAGUACAAUAAGUCCCAUUGAUGCACAAUCAUAGUUUUAAGCAGCGACAGUCUUAGGAUCAACUACAACUGUCAUGUAUACAAACAUGUUUUUUCACUUGUUGUUUAAAUAGUCAUAUAGAUCCACACCAAGAAAUAUAA